AUAUAAUAUAUUUAAAUAUAUAUAUAUAUAUAUGUCCACGAUUUUUGUUAUACAUUGAUUUAGAUUGUUGAUGAAUUUGACAGUGGAGAAUAUUGUUGAUUGAGAAUGUGGCAUGUGUGGCAAAGGUGUGUGUGGCACUCGUGUUUCUAUAUUACAGCCAAUAGCGAUACGCGAUGGUAUCGCGAUCCUUGUUGUCGUUGUUACUGUUUUUUUAUCGGUUUUAACAAGGCCAAUCCAAGUAUCAGUUGUUAUUACCAUAUUACUGCAUAUUAUUAUUCUGUGCACGUAUUGUAAGAAACACUAUAAAUUCUAACUUAGUAUACAUACAUAGAUAUUAUAUAUACAUAUUUUUACUUAUAUAAUUCACCUACCAACUGUAAUAAUGUAUAAUUUUAUUACUUUACUACUAUCGCCUCUGUAUUUUUAUUAUCGUAACGCGUUCAUGGUUAUUACUAUUAAUCCCGUCUCUAUAUUACAGUGUUGGUAUAGAUCACGAGAAAAGAAGAGUUACAAGUGAAUAAAUAAAUAGUCUUUCUAAUACUUCACUUUGCUUACUUUUACAGCGCCUCGGGCGUUGAGAGUGAAAAUAAACCAAGUCCCCAUUCACCGUGCCGUCGCUUUUGUACAAUUAUUAUUCGCAGCUUAGACUGUGUUGGUUUGCUCUCAAUGCCUCGUAAAGUCACUCGUUCAGCUUUAUUCGUUUCCUUGUUCAAGAAGAGGUGAAUUCUUGCAAUCCUUUCAGCGAAUGAUUUUCUGAAAUUAUUGACAAGUUGUCGCCAAACCUACGGCGCAAAGAUAGCACCGGAAGGAGUUAUCGCGCGACACUUCACGUUUUUAAUUACGUCGAGAAUAAAGCAACAUUUCGCAUCGUGGUCAAUUAGGGGUGUCAGUAGUUGCAAGAGCUAUCCAACCUGUUUAGAAUGACAGGUGCGACGUCAUUAUAAAGCGAUACAUGGGCUUGGUGAAUGCCGUUUACAACUGGCCAUCCGUGAAAGCACUUUACUUUACUGUUUUCUCCAUGAAUCUCGCCGGACUUCUGGCCCUCGUUCUGGCCAUUGUCUGGGCCGUACGAUUCGAGAGAGGCUUCGGCGAUUACCUGAAUCUCAUCACUCCAGGUUACAGAUCACGACGAGCAGGUGACGGCCACGUGUGGACCGCGAUCAUCGUCUCGGCCGGCGUUUGUUGCUCCCCUGCUUACAUCCUCGGCGUCAAGUGUUGGCUUUACUUGAAACUCGAGCCAGCCAGGACGGAUUUGGGGGAUCAACAGAGAGCGGACGACACCGCCACGGUGGACCCACACGAUGUGAAUCGGCUCUUGUUCUUCCACGUGGUUGCCUGUCUGCUGUCAGGAUUCUUGGUAGCUAUUCUAAAUGCCACCUAUUUGGUACUGUUGAGCGGAUUUCAGCAGAAAAGCCGCGACGGCUUGAUAGAGGCUAUCGAAAAGUACGGUGCCGACGUGGCCGUGAAGGCGAGGCUGGACGCUCUUCAAAGUGAGCUCGAGUGUUGCGGCGAUGGCGGCUACGAAGAUUGGGCUCGAGUUCCCUGGUUGAAAAUGUCGAUGGAGGAGGAACCCGAGGAUGUGGAAAACGGUCCCCGACUGGAAGGGCAAUCAGUAUCGGAGGAACGAGACGAAGAAACAACUACCAUGCCCGUCGACGUGCCUUUCUCCUGCUGUUCCAAUGGCAUUGCGAAACCUUGCGUUCAUCACGAUAUCCUCAGCCCAAGUGCAGUCUACGAGUACAACCCUAAGCAUGUGACCAUCACCACCGACGGUUGUAGGUCGAAGAUCGUAAAUCGGGGCGAAGUUAUUCGAACGUUCUUGGCAGGAUAUCUUGCUCUUUUAUCCGUGUACCAGAUGGUUUUGUCGUACAUGUCUCGACUACUGCAAACUGCUCACAGCAACGAGCUGUACAUAGGCCCUCAAAAGACACGCUACCACGUCUGGAUAUUCUUCAAGCCGGAAGAUCUGCCCGGGAACGAGGAGCGAAGAAGCGAGCGAAUGCGUCCGCGUAGGAAACAAUCGAGAUUGAGCUUUCCGUUCGCACUCUCGAAAAGUUCGGACGACGAUAAGGAGGAGGAAGAAAGAAGCUCGCAACGUUGUAAAAACAGGAGGAACAACACGAAAGUUUUAACGAGGAUUCGCUCGAGAAUCUCUUCGGUUAAGUCGAAGAGCGUACCGGUCGUUAGACCUAGUUUCCUCUCCGGCAGCUCUCGAUGUAAAAAACAGCGAGGCGCGCGUCGACUGGAAGAGAUGGAGGAGGCAAAGCCGGAAGAAGAAUCGAGGCUUCUUCUUUCAGAAUACGCAACGAGGUCCGAGUCGAUUUUGAAGAAAGAUCGUUCGUCGAUCGUCUCGUUAUUGUCGAACGGUUCCUCGGUAAAUUUACCACCGCCGCCUCCUCCGUUUGCGCUAACCUUAGAGAACGAAGAACUUUCGCCCUUCGAGAUCGUCCCUUCGAAAUCCUCCGGAACGAGGACGAAAUUUAGUCAACCGUUGAGCGAGAGCAUAAUUACAAGCCAGAACUCUGGCAGGCGUGCAAAGGUGUUAGAAAAGUUUGGCGAAAUUCGGGAACGUUGCGACAAAAGUACACAGCACAGAGAGAGCGGAGGAGCGGAUAUUCCGAGUGGCGAUCCGAGACUUGUUCGCACGAGGUUCAGCUCGACUGACGUUUACGACAGAUUUCGUGGUACUCUUCAGCACACUCUGGCCAGACGAGAGGCUGUUCGAGCUCGGAAGGAAUCGGCAAGAGUUUACAACCCUCCUGGUUACAGCCAGAAGAAACUGGACGUCGGACGAAAUAACUUUCUAGCCAGGAUCAAAUGCAACAACGUUCCUCCUUCUUAUCGUUUGCUGGCCGAUUUUCAACUCCACGAGCGAUCGGUUCUUCAAACGCACGUUCCUCCAAUUCCAUCUUUUCUCCUACCCCCUGCUCCUCCUCCACCGCCUCCACCGCCGCCACUGCCAUUCAGUCCACCAAAUCCAGUCAAACGGAGCAGAAACUCAGCGAGAAUUUGUGGAACAAAGGUGGUGUCGACGCGAGAACAACGACAAUGCAGCAUCUGCAAUCGUCCUGUCGUGCAAAGCCCAGGCUCUUCACGGCAAUCCCUUGUCGAGGCUUGUAAGGAUGCUCGAACGUUUUCUAGCUCGGCUCGAAGAAAAGCUCGCGCCACGUUCUCGCGGCACAGGGAGUUUCUAAGAGGAGAUUACGUGCCAUAGAAUCGAUCUACUCCCGUUUCUAAAUCCGUCCAACGUGGAUGACGGCUCGUGGCUCUUGAACGACUCUCUCGUUCUCUCUCUUUGUAAAAUGAUGUUCCCGGUAGUAAUCAAUGUGAUCGUGACUGGAAGCGAGAAUUGGAUGUAAAGAAAAAAAAAAAAGAAAAAAAAUAUGUAGAUAUAAGUGAAACAGAAUAAGAGGACAGAAAAUGAUGUACCUGAUGUAAUAGUGGUCAUCGAAGAUGAGUGUCCAAGGUGAAGAAACAGCAGCCACAAGUACAAUACUUGAUGGUUUAUUUGCCGAGAAGUAAAAUACACAGGCAUUUGUUAUAAUAGUACUGCCGAAGAAUACUUCUUACGUCUCUGUAAUACAUCUAGCGACAAUACAUCGGUACUAAAAAGAGAAAAGCUGAUUUUUCAUCAAUUUGUGUCUGUUUACCAAAUAACUUUACAAUGUUCGCGUACUUCCCCUCUCUCUCUCUCU